UAUUAUUUUAAAAAAAAUUCUGUGUAUAUAACAACACAUUGCCACAUGAACAACCUCGUUACCAAGCGAUUUGUUCUUGCAUUCAUUAAAUAAGGUGUUUAAUGAGUGUUAUGAGCUGUUUCUAAAGAGGCGUGACUCGAACAGUCCUGCUUCUUUAAUUGUACAUUAAACAUCAGUUCAGUGUGAACAGACACAUUGUGGCUGGAAAGUUGUCUGAUUAUGAGUGUACGAGUCAUUCAUUGUGUCUUUAUUUCCCGUCUCGUUUAUUUCAGACCGAAAACUGAGGAAACAUUUUCUUUUUUUGUGAACGUGAAUGCAGUAAUAUCUGCUGCGCUGCCAUCUUGCUGAGGUUGCAAGCUGGCAGGGAUGAGAUCUCGGUGAAGGGUGAACGCAGGAAUAAAGAGAGAGAGAGAGAGAGAGAGAGAGAGAGAGAGAGAGAGAGAGUGGUCGAGCGAGUGAGCGUGCACGUGAGGGUGAUGCAGUGCACGAGGGCGGAGCUUAGCAUCAGGCAAUACCCUUUCUAAUUCUCUCUCUCUCCAUCUCUGAUCUGGUCUGCGCUGACGCCGGUGUACCUGUCUCCUCUCCUGUCCUGCUUUCACCAGCGACUCGUCUUUUGUUCUGGAAUAUUCUGGUCACCUGAGCAACAGGGACCUCUGGACUGUACGUGUGGGAUUGUGCAUCUUUCUGAUCGGGGUGUGUGUGUGUGAGAGAGAGAGAGAGAGAGAGGUGGCGAGAAACACGCUGGUCUCCGCCGAGGGAAGGAUGGUUUUGCCGGCUGGUCUUGCGGCGUUUCUCAUCCGAGUGCGUGUCUCCCGGGCAACCGCUCCCUCCCUCCUCGCGCCAUGAGCCGGACCAACCGCGUCUCCUGCUCAAUGCUCAACUGCUUCGGUGAGGAGGGACCGCCCAGCCUGGAGUACAUUCAGGCCCGGGACCUGUUCCCCCAGAAAGAGCUGGUCAAAGAAGACGACGCUCUACAGGUCCCGUUCCCUGUCCUGCAGGGCGAGUGGGUGGAGUUUCUGGGUCGAGCGGACGAUGCCAUCAUCGCCAUCUCCAACUACAGACUUCACAUCAAAUUCAAAGACUCCAUCAUCAACAUGUAUCCCGGUGUGGACAGUGAGAUUUCUGUUCCUCUGAGGCUCAUUGAGGGCGUUGAGAGCCGAGACAUGUUCCAGCUACACAUCAUCUGCAAAGACUCUAAAGUAGUGAGGUGUCAUUUCUCGACGUUCAAGCAGUGCGAGGAGUGGCUGAAGCGCUUGAACAGAGCGAUCGCUCAUCCCGCCCGUCUGGAGGAGCUGUUCGCGCUGGCGUACCACGCCUGGUGUUUAGGAGGAAACACGGACGAUGAAGACCAGCACCUGCACCUGUGCAGACCAGGUGAUCAUGUGCGGCACAGGAUGGAGGUGGAGGUGAAGCGGAUGGGAUUUGACAUGCAAAACGCCUGGAGAGUGUCUGAUAUCAACAGCAACUACAAGUUGUGUUCGAGUUACCCUCAGAAGCUGCUGGUGCCCGUCUGGAUCACAGAUAAAGAGCUGGAGAGCGUGGCCUCCUUCAGGUCCUGGAAGAGAAUUCCUGUGGUGGUUUACAGGCACCAGCGUAACGGGGCGGUCAUCGCUCGCUGCAGUCAGCCAGAGAUCAGCUGGUGGGGUUGGAGGAACACUGAGGAUGAGUAUCUGGUGACGUCGAUAGCGAAGGCCUGUCAGCUGGACGCCGGGACGCGGGCCUGCAGGACCAGAGGAGACGGACCGGACUCAUCCGACUGUGACUUCGACUCAUCUCUGACGGGAUGUCCCGCUCCUGACGCCAGCGCCGCUGCCCAGAAGUUACUGAUUCUCGAUGCCCGUUCAUACACCGCUGCUGUGGCGAACCGUGCCAAAGGAGGAGGCUGCGAGUGUGAAGAGUACUAUCCCAACUGUGAGGUGAUGUUUAUGGGCAUGGCCAACAUCCACUCCAUCAGAAACAGCUUUCAGUCACUUAGAGCGGUUUGCAGUCAGAUCCCAGAUCCCGGCAACUGGCUCUCCGCUCUGGAAAGCACCCGUUGGCUCCAGCAUCUGUCCGUCAUGCUGAAAGCCGCCACUCUGGUUUGCUCUGCGGUGGAGCGGGAUGGACGUCCGGUGCUGGUCCACUGCUCAGACGGCUGGGAUCGGACCCCUCAGAUUGUGGCCCUUGCAAAGAUCCUUCUUGAUCCCUUCUACAGAACCAUAGAGGGUUUUCAGGUGCUGGUAGAGACCGAGUGGUUGGAUUACGGUCACAAGUUUGCGGACCGCUGCGGUCACCAGGAGAACAGCGACGAUGUGAGUGAACAGUGUCCGGUGUUCCUGCAGUGGCUGGACUGCGUUCAUCAGCUCUUGAAGCAGUUCCCCUGCCUGUUUGAGUUCAACGAGGCCUUUCUGGUGAAACUGGUUCAGCACACAUACUCCUGUCUGUACGGCACCUUCCUGUGCAACAACGCAAAAGAGCGAGAGGCUCGUAACGUCUAUAAACGCACCUGCUCCGUCUGGUCGCUCCUCCGCACCGGCAACAAGAACUUCCAGAACUUCCUCUACAUCCCCUGCCAUGAUAUGGUUUUGCAGCCGGUAUGUCACACACGGGCUCUGCAGUUGUGGACGGCCGUUUAUCUGCCGACGUCAUCGCCGUGCACAGCGGCCGAAGACGCCAUGGAGAUCUACCUGAGCCCUUCGGCACAAGGAGAGGAGUUCACCUCACGCUCUCUCGACAGGCUUCCCAAAACACGGUCGAUGGACAACUUGGUGUCUGCUUGUGAGAACGGCGUGACGCUCACUCGCACCUCAAGUGACCCCAACCUCAACAAGCACUGCCAGGAGGGACGGCCAGCGCUGGAGUCCAAUCAGCCGUUGUCGAUCCAGGACACGCCGAUCGCUGGGUUGAUCAGAGAUGAGCAGGAGUCGGAGACGUGUGAGGAAGUAGUUUCUCCAAUAUCUUGUGAGCAACAUGAGGAUGAUUUAAGGGCGGAGCCUUGUUUGACAACCCAGCCUCUGCCGUCUUUGCCCCACCCCUUAGCAUUAGAUCAGACCCCGCCUCUUCCGGUUUUAAAUCAAGCCCCGCCUCAAAUCCCAAUCAGUCCCCUCCCACCUUUACCACAGGAAGUGGAAGUCAGGACUGCAGAAAUUAAUUCCACAACCUCAAAUCCGCCUUCUCUUUGUAAUGGCUUUGCACACGUAGAAAACACUAGCAGCUCUCUGAACUCCGAGCUCAAACGCUUUUCUCCAAUGGAGGCGUCUGUGGAGACGCUAACGGAGCAAAGCGACAUCGCUCCAGCUAGGAUUGAAUCGCACAUCCCAGUUGAAGCAAAAAAGACUGAGGCCAUACGGAAUGGAGAACUCGUUUCCGUGAGAGAACGGCCACCACCUGCCGACUACGCCAAAGCAGCACGGCGUCUGAUUUCCCAAAGCCAGUUGACUGAUCUUUCCCUACUUGGAUCCCAAUGGGACAGCGUCCAGGGCCUCGUUCAGUCGGCCUGCGGUGGCGCUAUCCAGCACGGAAGCUAUCACGGCCGUCGAUUGGCAAACAAGCUUCUUCGCGCCCAAGGCGGAAGCGCAAACGGUGGGCCGUGUUGUCGUCGUGAUCCUUUGCGCACUCCUGGAAGUCCCAUCCAGUCGGGUUGGUUCUCCGCCGUGAAGAACUCAAGCUACGCCGCCCUUUGUUCCUCAGCCGCCUCUUCGUUAGCAAUGGGACCGUCCUUCCGGCAGCUUCUACCCUCCCAUUCUUCACCCUCCUCAGGUGGAUCUCUGGCUCCCGCGUACCUGGACGACGACGGUUUGCCGGUCGCGGUGGACGCGGUGCAGCAGCGGCUGCGGCAGAUCGAAGCCAAUUACAAACAGGAGGUGGAGGUGUUGAGGCGGCAGGUUCGGCAGCUUCAGCUCAAACUAGAGAGCAAACAGUUCUGCACGCCGCCCUCCGAGCCGGACGUCGACUAUGAGGAUGAUAUCACGUGCCUGCGGGAGUCUGACGGCAGUGACGAGGAAGACUCUCUGUCCAAUCACAGCGAGGAUCGCUUCAGUGAGGGCAGCUGGGACCGCGUGGAGAGGAAGGACACAGAGGUCACCAGAUGGGUCCCGGAUCACAUGGCUUCUCACUGUUUCAACUGCGACUCUGAGUUCUGGAUUGCCAAGCGUCGCCAUCACUGCAGGAACUGUGGUAACGUGUUUUGUAAAGACUGCUGCCACCUGAAGCUGCCCAUCCCAGACCAGCAGCUGUACGACCCGGUGCUGGUGUGCAACACGUGCUACGACCUGCUGCUGGAGUCCCGCACGCGAGAGCUGCGCUCACAGCAGCUCAAGAAACCCAUCGCCACCGCGUCCAGCUGAGACGGCCAAUCACAGCUCGCCCAGCGGGCCGCUAAGGCCCCACACGUGGGUGUCCAAACAGAUGCCCGUCAUUUAGAGGAAGAGCUGCUCUCUGCCUCCUUCCCCCCCCCCAAACGCAAGAGGAGGGCGAUUUUGAGUCCAGAUCAGCUCUGAGACUGAUCGACAUGAGGAAGACGAUGGAUGAAGUCCAAAAAAAUGAGCGCGGUUUGUGAUGGAGGGGCGUUUGAUUGAAAGCAUCUCUGGUUGUGGACAUAAACUGAAGCCAGCCGGGUUCAGAUGUCCAGAGAGGCGUUUCUUCAUCUCAAAAAUCAUCACACACACACACACGGCCCCCUAUGCAUCACCAAUGAAACACACACACACACACACGUAGGACAAUCACCUCCUUCCCUCACAGCCCCAUACGUGUCCAUCGAGAGGCUCACUAUUUAAAAUGAAACAAGCUGCUACAGUAUUUAAAAAUGAAAUAAUUCUACUUUUGUAUCCUUAUUAUUUUGUGCACUAUGGAGGGGAUUUGAGACCAAAAUGGAGAAAUCUGCAGUUGUUUACUUGCUGUUGUCUGCUGAUACGCGGCUGUAUGAAGCUUGAAUGUACACUUGUUUUGUUUAAUUUGUAUUUUUUUUGAAACUGGAGAGAUUUCUGGGCUGCGGUUACUGAACAAGCUGCCAGUUUGCAUUGAUUUGAUUGCAGUUUUGUGUUGUUUAAUGGGGCAGUGCACAGAACUGAUGGGUUUUUUGUUGUCCUUUUUUGAUUUUCAGCCACUCCCUUCAAAAUGGCGCUUCAGCUGAACUGUGAAAUGUUCCUUUCACUCUGGUUUUAUGUGAAAUGCACCACUUUUAAAUGCCAAAAUCGAACUCAAAUUCCAACAUGUCAAUAAUAUAUAGACUUCCAUGUUCAUCUGGCUGGUUGAGCGUCUUGUAGCAGAAAGAAAGAAAGAAAAAAAAAAAAAGAACAAGCUGAACAUUUAUGCACCGUUAAUGUGUAUGUUGUUGUUGUACGUUACGGUAAAACUAUAGCCAUGUUGCACUGCUCUAUUUCAGAAACUUUAGCCAGAAUACUAGUGUACUAGUUUCUUUUCUACAACUUCAUCUGAAUAAACCAAUGACAGUAAUUUUACAAUAUUUAAAUUCAAUCUCACACACGUGGAUCAUUGGAAACUGGUGGCGAUUUAAAUGACUUUUCUAUUCAGUGGUUUCGCGGUUGCGUCUUUUUUCGCUCCUGUUCUCAGAAAUGUGUCUUGUGAACAUCACACAAUAGAAAUACAUAUUCAAAAUAAGUGCUAUGAUUUAUUUUAUUUUUUUCUCCCCUUUCUUUCAUGUCGUCUGCGUCUUCAGGCCUGGUUCCCUUGUGUAUUGUUAAUAAUGGUGAACCUCUCAACAGUGCCAUGUGUUUUUGUUUCGUUUUUUCUUAUGGAUUCACUAUUUGUAACUUUAACAUGUUCAAUGGUACAAUAGCUAGAUGCUUAACAAUGAGAAAACGAUCUGUUGGGUUAAAAACAGGAUAAACACUGAGAACAGGUUUUGGUUUUGUCUGAUGGUUUAAUUUUUCUUUUUUCAUUGUGUUAAUGAAGGACACAUUUUGAGUUAAAACAUUAAAAAGGAACCCAGAAAUGUGAUGUAUAGUUAUUUGGUCUGUAAUAGUGGCUAAAAAUUUGUCACUUAGUGAAUAAUUGUUGUAAAGAUAUGCAUUGUACAAGUUCAAUCCCAUGGGUUAAAUAAAAAGAUGUCUUUAUCAGC